GGACAGGCCGGUAGCGGAAGUCAGCGUUUCGCCACUCAAAGCUCUUGCAGCUGGUCACUCCAGCCUCCUGGGACUUUGACUUGCUUGACCGCCGAGCUCCUGGCCCGGGGUGUCCGGGGAUGUCUCUCGGACGCUUUCUACGAGGAGCUUAACCCGCCCCGCUGCCGCCCGGAUGGGACCGCCGGAGUGCUAGGUUAGUCGGGCUCCUCUGGCCCGCGGCGCUGUCGGAGACGACGUGUCGAAGAGAAGAGAGAGGGCAGGCGGACCUGGGCACCAGGGACAGGGGUGCUGUAGUCACUGGGGAGGCACGCGCCCUAAUACAGCUAAAGUCUGCAGUGAAUAUUGAAUUGCUGAGGAAUUUGGGGAAGGACAAGCUGAAGUUCCCAUUCCAUGGAUCCCUUGGGUGCACCUUCCCAGUUUGUGGAUGUGGAUACACUACCAAGCUGGGGUGACUCAUGGGAAGAUGAAUUAAAUACUUCUGAUACUGCACCUGAAACGUUUCAGGAAGACACUAUUAGAUCACCUUUUCUUUACAAUAAGGAUAUCAACGGGAAAGUGGUUCUUUGGAAAGGAGAUGUGGCAUUGCUGAACUGUACAGCCAUUGUGAAUACCAGCAAUGAAAAUCUUACAGAUAAGAACCCUGUGUCGGAGAGUAUCUUCAUGCUUGCAGGACCUGAUUUGAAGGAGGACCUCCAGAAACUUAAGGGUUGCCGGACAGGUGAAGCAAAAUUGACAAAAGGAUUUAAUCUAGCUGCCCGGUUCAUCAUUCACACAGUGGGACCUAAAUACAAGAGCCGCUAUCGCACAGCUGCUGAGAGUUCCCUGUACAGCUGCUACAGAAACGUGCUUCAGCUGGCCAAAGAGCAAUCAAUGUCUUCUGUGGGAUUCUGUGUCAUCAAUUCUGCAAAACGAGGUUAUCCUUUAGAGGAUGCAACACACAUAGCCCUUCGCACUGUAAGGAGAUUUCUAGAAAUUCACGGGGAGACCAUUGAAAAAGUAGUAUUUGCUGUCUCUGAACUAGAAGAGGCUACUUACCAAAAGCUGCUACCUCUGUACUUCCCAAGGUCACUGAAGGAGGAAUAUCGAUCAUUGCCAUACCUACCUGCAGAUAUUGGAAAUGCAGAAGGGGAGCCUGUGGUACCUGAACGACAGAUUAGAAUAAGUGAAAAACCUGGUGCCCCAGAGGACAACCAAGAAGAGGAGGCUGAAGGCUUGGGAGUUGACCUCUCUUUUAUCGGCUCUCAUGCUUUUGCUCGAAUGGAAGGGGAUAUUGACAAGCAAAGAAGACUGAUCCUUCAGGGACAGUUAUCAGAGGCAGCCCUGCAGAAGCAGCAUCAAAGAAAUUAUAAUCGCUGGUUAUGUCAAGCAAGAUCUGAGGAUCUAUCUGAUAUUGCUUCUCUAAAAGCCUUAUACCAAACAGGUGUUGAUAACUGUGGUCGCACAGUAAUGGUGGUGGUUGGAAGAAACAUUCCUGUCACGUUAAUAGAUAUGGACAAGGCUCUGUUAUAUUUUAUCCAUGUAAUGGAUCACAUUGCUGUGAAGGAAUAUGUAUUAGUAUAUUUUCACACGCUGACCAGCGAAUACAAUCACCUGGACUCUGACUUCCUGAAGAAACUCUACGAUGUUGUUGAUGUCAAAUACAAGAGGAAUUUGAAGGCUGUUUAUUUUGUUCAUCCAACAUUUCGUUCAAAGGUAUCAACAUGGUUUUUUACCACCUUUUCUGUCUCAGGACUGAAGGACAAAAUCCACCAUGUGGACAGCCUCCACCAGCUAUUCUCUGCCAUAUCACCAGAACAGAUUGACUUUCCUCCUUUUGUCCUCGAAUAUGAUGCCAGGGAAAACGGGCCUUACUAUACAUCUUAUCCCCCGUCACCAGAUUUGUGACCUGCCCUCUUUUAGUGCUACUGGUUUCCAAGGACGUCACUUUCUCCACGAAUCGCUACCUAUUGAAGUGAAAUUCAUUUUUGCUGUUCAGAUCCAGAGAGCCUUUUGUCCCCAACUCUCUGGUAUUUUUUUAUUGACUGUAUAUUUUCUGGCACAUAAGCAAUCUGAUGAUGGUAGGCCAUUCUGAACUGCACACUUAUUUUAAAUUUGUAUAUUUGUAUCAAAUGAAAAUGUUCAUUUUUAGAGGGUUGUUAAUAGAAAUUGGGGAGCAACUUUUGAGUAUCUUCAGUUUCCUGAAAGGACACUGGGUUUUCCAUUAGACAAGCCACCAGUAUUGUUCAUGCCAUCUCUUUAACAUUGCACGCUUCCUUUGUGUACUUAAAUGUUUCUCGAAAUACAUAGAACCAAUGUAUGAGGACCAUAUGCAUUGUUUGCUUCAGAUCCUGGCAUUAUAUUUCAUACAGAGAAUUUGGUUAUGGUAAAAGAGAAUUAUCUGGGAUCAAGGAUGUGGAAAUGUAUCUGAUCAAAACAUUGAAAUCAUUGGCAAAAUAUAGGUCUUAGAAUCUUACUGCGCCAGUGAAGAUUAAGAUUUUGGAUUAUAUGAUUUGUUAAGAUUGUCACUGUUCUGGUCUCAACAGUGGGGGAGAACAAGAAGACUGUAUCUUCCUCCUUUUUCCUGUAAUCGUGGGUGAUUUGCUGUCCUUUUUCUAAAGGACUGCACUCAAAAGUACUUUUAUGUGAAAGGCAUCUCCUGUUCUCCAUUGGUGAGCCUUUAGAGAGGGUGCUGUCUCCCCAGAGUUGUGAUUUUGUUGGGCUUUACAGCGACUCCCUCUAAGGACAUUUCCUCACAGUGUCUCUUGAGUUGCGUACAUCAAAAUGGAGGAAGUGCAUCGCAGUGAACAAAAUUCCAGACUGCUGUUGCCACUCAGGCUCUAUUUGUGCCUUACCUUGCUUAUAAAUAAAAAUUAGAAUUAUGAUACUGACCUCACAGAGGUAUCAUAAGGCUAGCAGUUAGAAAGGGCUUUUGAUGUCUUUGGAUGCAAAAUGCUAGGGGAGUUUGUGUAGGUGUCACUGAGUUAGUUUUUAAAUGAUAAUAAAUGUACUUAGGGUACUACCAGGCACUCCUCUUGUCCUUGGCACCUUUUGAGUGACUUUUCUUGUCUUAGAACAAAAGCUGUUAUGAAAAUAUCCCAACCCUGAGGACCGCCUUCCUACUUUGUCCAGAAUUUCUUCUAGCCUCCUCCUCCCCCAGUGCUACACUUUAACAAGAGGCAUCUGUUAGCCAUUUUAAACAUUUCUUCUUGAAUUGAGGUCAAACCAAUAUAAUUUCCAUCUGGGUGUCUUCAAAUUCCUUUUGAUUCCUGUACCCACCCCCCCAUCUCCCUCACUCUAUCAUGUACAUUGGCAGUUCAGAGAAGAAAAAGUAGAACUCUUCUGUUCUAGUAUGUUCAGGAUCAGUGCUUCCAAAGGUCCCAUUACUCUGUGCCCAAAUUAAUUCUUCAGUGAAUAAAGGAAACAUACCUCUUUUAUGGCAGAGAGAUCCCCCUAUAGUUGUAUUAGCCCCAUCCUCUAUUUUCCCCUACAAACAAGAAGGGGCUUUACAUUCUUUCGAUAAGCGCUAGUAUCUUUUGCAUGAAAUGGACACAUUUGCUUUGUGUCAGAAAUCAAAGCCACUUGCUCCUUGUAUAUGCUUAUUGGGUAAGGGUGUCCUCUUACAUUCCCUAGGUCAUCAGAUCCAAACAGCCAAUCAGAUGUCUACUAGUAAGCUUCCCCUCAAACAGCACUACUUUUAAUCCCUUAAGCCUUGAGCUUUAAAACUCUGAAAAAUUAGCUUCAUCUUCUCCAGUCCGUUAUUAGAUCAUAUUUGAGGUAUCUUUGCACUAGGAGCAGUUAUAAAAAUAUGCCAGCUUUUCUUUUUCGAAAGUGGACUUGGCUAUCUCAAAUUGGCAUUUGGCCUGAAUCAUUUCCUCUAUAGAUAAUAGAGGCUGCAAGCUACUUCGCCAUUUGAAAAGAAGAAAAUUGAUGUGUAGAAUUUCUCAUAGGCAGUAAUUUUGAAAGAAUGUCCCUUUGCUGUAUUCAUAUGAGUGUAUUAAUGUCUAGUAACACAAGCAGGAUUCUAUAUAUAGUGAGAUUCUCAUUCAGUUGAUGUCCUAGGGUAUAAAGGUAGUAUGGAACUACAUACAUACCGACCACAUUUCAUAAUAUAAUGGUGACUAAAGAUAAGGGCUGCGCUUCUCAGUGAAACUAAAUUUGGUAUGGGACCAAGGCCAUGCUUUCAUAGCUGUCUAAAGUGUUAUGUAAUGAAGUUGUUUCAAUGUAUUAAAUCCUACCAAAGGAACAUAGUGACCUUGAUAGUGAAAUGAUUAUGUAAUGUUCAGUAUAUAUCUGCCUUUGUCAAAAAGUUGGGUUGCCUGUAGAACACAUGCCAUUUUCAGAGACACAUUAGAGGAUAAAAGGAUGACUGGGUGGAGAUGAGUACUAGCAUCUGAUGUUAAUUCAAAGCACCACCAAGUCCUUAAUUUAAUUAAACUUUGGUCAUGCCAAAUGCUAGUUGAAUUGAGGAAGAAACAACGUACAAAAUACUAAGUGAAUUCAUUAAUUCGUGUGAGGCAUAAUAGAAUUUUCUUAAGUACAUUUCUUCAGCAUAUAUUUGGAUUCUUCUUAACUCAUCUAUAUCCAAGUUUCUUGAUAGUGAAAAUAACCUCUUGAAAAAAACUGUCUGUUAGACUCUUAAGGCUUAGAGACCAAGUGAUUCAAGAUUUUCUUUUCUUUAUUACACAUUUUAUUUCAUUGGUACUCUAUUAUGUUUAUUUUUUCAAAAGAAUCCAAUUAGCUUGAGGCUAAAGAACGGAGGAUUUUUAGAGUAUUUUUGCUAGGAAAAAUGGGUAUAGAUUUUUUAUCAAAUAUCUGAAAUGUAGAAGGAUUAAAAUAUCUUGCAUUUCUAGAGAGGGAUGCGUGUGUAACCACUCUAGUAGAAAACGUGGCUUGCCUCUUUCUACCUGUUUUCUGUUUGCUGAGAUAUCAUUCAGUGAAUUCAAACUGUAGGUAAUGGUUUCUUUUCUUUGCAGUAGCUAAUAGGAAAGUGAUAAAAUAUAGUUUCAGUAUAAGCUAAAAAUCACUCUUUGUGUUUGCCCUGUUUGUGUAUGUAUAUAUAGAGUUUAUAUUGAUUAAUAUAUGAAUAGAGAUUAUAGAAUUUGAAGUACUAGAAAGAGAAGGAUUGUAUGGUUCUGAGAACAGUGAAUUGAUUAUGUAUUAAGAACCCAAAGGACUGCAAGAUAACAUAUACACUUCUAUAAUUGGAGUUGACCGGUGAGUUUCAGAUUGUCAUUCUCUUAUUAAGUUACAGACAUUAUAGUCAACAUGCACUAGAGUGUUUUACCUAUACUGGCACUAAUAUACCUCAUGGUAUCUGAUUGAUUCUUGGCUCAGGAUUGCCCAAAACCAUGAAGGAUUAAAGGAGGACUGUACCUGUGAUCUAGGUUUAUCAGAAAUCAGAGGUUAUAAGAAUUGCCUAGUAGGCCGAGCCAUAUAUAUGUAUCGCGUUUAUACACACAUGUGUACAUAUGUACCUUCAUGCAUAUGUACAUGAUAUAUAUAUGUGUGUAUACACUCAUAUGGUAAUCUGUGGUUUCUGUGGCCCAUAUAUAGAGAACACAGAGCAAUAAAUAACAUAGUUCAAGCUUGGAUUCUAUCAAAAUAGCCCUUAAGCAGAUGAUAUCAAGGUCAUUUUAUAUAUUAGUGGCUCUCUUGGAUAUUAAUUAAUUUUGUUUUCUUUGCUUCCAGGAACAGUAUCUAAUCUUUUUUAGUGAAGUAAGUAAGCAUUAAAUAUAUAGGGCCACUGAGUUCAAGGAGAAAAAUAUAGAUACUCUCUAGUGAAUUACACUAACAAAAUUGUAACUACUGAAUGUGACCUAAUAUUUUUGUUGAACAGUUAAAAUUAAUACAUUUUGUAUGUACAGUCAUACUUUUUUUUUUUGUAAUGUGUUUUGCUAGUGUAAGCACACAGUCAUCAUAAACUGAGCCAGCACUUUGUCCGACCAGUUCUUGUGGGCCAAAAUAUUUAAUUAUGAGCUUAACAUACGUAAAUAAUUUUAAUUGCUAUUGGGCACAGGAGACCAAAAAACGUUUUAUUGACAUGAUCUUAAAAUUUGUUUAUUCAGAACUCACAACGCUUUUAUGAAUAUCUUGCAUUUAAAAUUUUAUUUUAGUCUUUCUGAAUUAGAGGUUAGAUCCCAUUUAAAGAGGAUCCCACUCUGCAAAUAUAGCCUAUGAAGAACCAGUAGUAAAAUGAUAGUGCUUGUUUUGAGCCGCAGGGUAGGACAGUGUUUUGGUCAUCUACCCUGGCUUUUCUCUACUCACUGAAAUUAACUUACAGAGUAGUGCAAAAUGCAGUAAAUUUUACUGUCAACCUUCUCUACGGGGACAUGGACUAGUGGUUUUCAGACUUUAACGUGCAUAUAUUAAAUCAGCUGGCAGUAUGUUAGGGUGCACAUUCUGAUACAGUAGCUCUGAGGUGGAGCCUGGGAUUCUCAGUUUCUAACAAGCUCGGGUGAUUAUCAAUACUCCUGGUCCCAAGACCACAAGUAAAAGCCCAGACUAUAGUCAGCUUCCCUAUUUUCCCUCUUUCCCUCUUUCGAGGAAAGGAGACCCAACUGUCGUAAUCCCUUCUGUGGGCCAGGCACUCACAUUUAUUGUCUCACUUAAUCCUACAAAUCCUGUGAGGUAGAUAGUAGAGGUUAAACGACCUGCUGAUGCCCACGCAUACAGGCAGUACAGUAUCGAGCUUUGUUUCUCAAACUUGAAUAAUGUACAUCACUUUUAAUAAGGAAGGGCUCUCUUAGUUCCUCAGUUUUUACUCCAUUAUUUAUUGUUACCUAAGUAUAUGUAAACAUAAAGCUAUGUAUAAUGCUUUAUGCUCAUAGCUCUUGUACAAGUAUAAAACCCAAAGAAGUUUAUAGAUAUGAGCAAAACUAUAAAACCAAUAAACUUUAAAAUAACAUUAGUGAAACAUGGUGGAUGAUGAUGUUUCACCAAAACAAAACUGUCACUUGUAACGUGAUUACGGUACAGAGUGCUGUCUCACGGGUUCUUUUGAGUUCUGCAUGCCCCUGCCAGGUGCUGUGUGUGCUGUGUGGUGACUCAAUUACCCUGCUGUGUUUCUGGGUUCAGACUCUACUGUCAUUGUUUAGAACACAGUGAUAUUUGGUCUUCAUCUAGCUUGGCUGCAUCAUUUCCUUAUUAAGUCAGCCUCUGUUCUCCAUAAGCCUCCCACUAAAGCAGAACCCGGCUCUACUGUGCAAGUAAACACAAAUGCAGACCUCAGCACUGAAAUGUCCUGGGAAAAUUUGGUUUUAAGUCAGUUAUAUUAAUUAAUUAUCAGAACAUGAAUAUUAACUGUUUUUAAAUUUUUCAUCUGCAUGAAAAAUGUCUAAUAAUCAUAGAAAACUCAUGGAUCCCCCACCAAACACACCCACACACUCACACACUCACAUUCCCUGCACCCUUUCUACACACACAAGAAUUUUUAGUGAUGGUUAAUUAGUUAGCACUGAUGCUUUGGCUCCUGACACACCUGGGUUCAGACCUUGGGCAUGUUUCUCAGCCUUUUCUGAACCUCAGGGUUUUCAUGUGUUAAACAGGGAUAAUCUCAUUGAAUAAUUAGUUAAGGGAAAUAAACGCAAUAAUACAAAGCAUCCAUAGUAAGUGUUUAUAAAAGGCAGCUACCAUUGCUUAGAUUAGAAAUAAUACUAACAUUUGAGGACUUACUUUGUGCCUUCAACUUUGCUAAGCACUUUAUAUACGCUAUCUUAUAUAUUGAGUGAUAGAAUCAGGAUUCAAAUCCAAGUCUGACUUCAAAGCUUAUACUCUUAUAAAAAAUAAUGUAAAACAUCAAUAUAAGUUGCUUAUUUUAAAAAGGUAUUUAAUUUUAAAUUUUAUUUUCUCAAAAAUUCUUAUUAUAAAAUUAAUGAUGUUUCUCUGUAGGGGAAAUGGCUAAGGUUUUUUUAAACAGUUGUGUAAUAUGCUAAGAAAUUGACACAAGAUAAAUACAAUCUUUUUUUAAGGUUGUGGUCCAGUAAAAGGAUAUUAGGACCAUUAGGCUCAACUUCAGAGAGAACAUUACUGUUCUCUUGCACAUUUAUCAUCCAUAACUAAUGAUAACAUGAGAUUCUUCCUGAAUCCCAAUAGAGCGUGUUUGCAGAGAAAAGAUUCCCCCCCACCACUAUUAUAUUCCUUGAUAGCUCUGAGAAGUAGCCUGCAAACAUCUUAAUUUUCACCUGUGAAACCUAUUUUGAAAAAUUAUUCUUUCCUUUAAAAUAGUUCAAGUAAGUCUUCUCUCUCUUCUUAGUUUCUAUGAUAAGUUUUGGAGUUCUGUAAAAUGAACAAGCAUACCUGUAGGCUGGGUUUUUUACUCUUUUGCAUUUUUUUUUCUAAUUGUGUGCUGGGAGAAAAUACCAGGAGAGAGUUAUAAGGGGAAUUCAGUUAUUUAUUGACAGAGAUAGGAUGUAUCAAAUUCAAAUUCUUUCCCCGCUUACCAAAACAUAUACUUGCACAAAAUUACUAAGGUAGUGGAGAUACCUGAAAUGUGAGGCUGUCACUGAAUUUUGUAAGGUCUGUUUUUGAAAAUACUUUUCCUUUAUGCCAUCCUAUAUAGAAGCAUAAUAAUAAUCUGUGUUAUGGAAAUUUUUGUGUUUCUGAUCCAGCAUCUUUAACCCAUCUGUAAGAUCUUUAAGUUCAGUGAAUUAAGUUCAGAGCCAUGGCUCUCCGUACAUGUGGGUUAUGAAGACGGAACAUCCUGUGCGAGACCUCACUGCCUUAUCCUGUAGCACAGCAUAAGAAAAUUGUUCUGGCUUCACAUUACAGAUAAAGCCUGGUUCUGCCUGAUUUUCUCCAUUUCAGCAGUGUGUUACUCGAUGUGGGUUGUGAGCCCUACUUCUCUUAUUAAAUAUAAAUAAGACCAGUUUAUUAUAACUUUGGAUAGAAUGGCCUCCCAUCUUUUGCUUCUUUAAAAUCCAAAUUUAUUUUUUAUAAGGAGGUAUACUAAGCGUUUGACUAUUUCAUCGUGUCUUCUAGUUUAGAUACAUCUGACGUUGUCAUUUUGAAAUGCUUAUUGUAAAUUCUAACAUUGAUUUUUUUAAAACAUUGUUUGUAGGUGGGUUGUUAUCUAUGAAUUUUAUUUCUAAUAGUAAAGUAGGUGUUAAAACUUAUUAUAAAGGGGCACCUUGGUUCUCAGAGAGAUGAGGGAGUAGAGGCCCAGGCAGGUUAAGGCAGGUUGGACUCCUAGCCAGAUCAUGUAGGUUGUAGGUAGUUUCAGGGUGACCUUUUGCCAUCGAUAGCUAGAGCUCUGUGGUUUAACUAUGUUUGCACAGCUGCUUGGCUUUGACAUUCCCUCUUGUGUCCUCUAAAGAAGUUCUCUUUUUGUAAUUUAUUAUUUAUCAUUUUUUUUUUUUUAUCUAAGUUGCACUUGCUCAGCCAAGUUCCAGGGAGGACCAGAGUUCAAGAGUUAGCAGCAGAGGUUAUCAAUCAACUUAAAGUUUGCUAAGUGAAGCCCAGACGUGCUGCACAGUUGUUUUCUUUGUAGAGCACUUAGUAUAAGACCAGAACUACGAAGUGCUAACAUUUCCCUGUUGAGUCCAUCCUGCUGCUAUGGAAAAUGCUAUCCUAGAAAAUUCAGUUUGGAGCCUCAUAUAACCCCCAUGGAAAUUACACAGGAAGUGAGAAAAAGGCAAGAGCCUCAUUUUUUUUUCUUUUUUUUUUUAGUUCACGAUAGUGGAAUGCCUUGCACUGGGUAAGACCACUCUGCAUCUAGGAUUUUUCUUUUGUUUUUAUGUUUAUAACUUAUUGUGACAUGUACCAAAAUCAAAUUGUAAUAUAAUGCCAUCCUAUAUUAUGUUCUUUUGGAUAUAAAAGCUUUCAUGACUAAGCCUA